CGUGGGGGCGGGGCCUGCAGCGUGGCCGGCCGAAGCCGCCGCGCGAACGCCCGAGGGGGCGGGGCAAGGCGUUCUUCUCGCGCGUGCGCUCGCUCCCCGCCUUUUUUUUUUUGCCUGUGCGCGCGCGCGCUCGUCUCUGUGUCUGUUGGGGGAGGAUUCGCAGCUCACGCGACCCUCCGUCCUCCCCUCCGAGAGGCCUCCAUCCCCGCCUGGCACAGGAUGGACCCCGCGGGGAGCCCGCUGGACUUGGGCUUCUGCCCGUCGGCGCCCUGCCUGCUGGUGGAGGACUCGCAGCCGGAGCCGGACUCCGCCCAGGACGACGGCGAGGAGCCGCAGGCUCUGCCCGGCCUGAAGAGGAGGUGGCGGGGACCAGGGGCGCAGGACGAGGCGGAUGGGCCGCGGGUCCUUCCGGGAGCGAAGGCGGCAGGAGGAGGCCCGGAGGAGCAGCAGGAGGAGGGCCAGGGGGCUGAGCGGGGUCCCGCAGGGGGCUCUGGGCCCGCUCCCUUGCAGCCUCCGCUGCCGGCCUCCGACUCGCCGCGCGCCCUCCUCAGCCAGGUCUUGGAGCAGCUGCCGCCGCCGCUCGCCAGGAACACCAGGUGGGCACCGCCGUUCCUUCUCCGCGGGCGGGCUUUCGGCCUGCUUGACCCCUCUGAGACGUUGCUUGUCUCCCUUGCAGGCCGGCGGACGACCCCCGCGGCGGCGCUGCUGCUGCUGCACCGGGCUCGCUCUGCGCGGAAGGUAAGUGGCCUCCUCCGCCUGCUGCUGCUGGGGACGGCCCUUGGGGGCUGCCCCUUCGCCAUUGCUGAGAAUCCAGCCCCCGGGGGGGGGUGCUGCACAGGCCGUCGCCUGUUCUCGCUGGAGGCUGUCCUUGAACGGUGGGGGGGUCGGGGUCCCCUCGUGACUGUUCUGCAGCCCUCUUGGGUUCACAAGUAACCUUGGCGGGGUGGGAGAGGGAGGGGUUGUUUGCCGGGCCCAUUUCCUCCCUUUGGAUGCUGGAGCCCUUCCACAUGUGCUGAGGAAGUUCUUAUCUUCUGAUGCUAGAAUCAGGCAUGUCGCAGGUGGGCUUCGGUGUUUUGGAGCUCUCCCAGAGCCAGAACCUUGAAGGAGACUCCACAGCUAGUGUGGUUAGUGAUAAGGAGCAGCUGCAACCCAAAGUGGCCUUGGAAGAAGAGGAGCAGGAGGAGGAUUCCAAAGGCGGUAGGUGAAGUGGGGGCGGCCUCCUGAGUCUAGCUGAGCAGCCCUUUCCUCUGGGAUAGGAAAACUUCACUCCAACCCUUCUGCGAAACUAUCCACACUGCCUCAAAAGGACUUCAGGCCCAAACAGAACCUUCUUUCUUUUAAAUCAUCCUUACUUGUUCAUUCAUUCAUUUGAAGAACAUUUUACCCAGUUUACAAUGUAGAUGGCAAAAGCUUCCAGAAUGGCUUACAAAGUAAGCGGUCCCUUCCCUUGGGCAUACAGUCUAAAAGACAUGCACUGGGCAGCAGGGUGAGUGGGGGAAAGCAAGCUCAGGCACCAGGUUUUAAACAUAUUAUUCUUACAACAAGCUGGAUGGGAUAGAGACAGGCCAGUUACUUCCCCUUUCUGCUGUUCUGCAGCUGGAUGGAAUGGCUGCUUCUGGGUGACAGAUGGGAGCCUUACAGUUCUGUUCGCCUAGUACUUACCAAUAAACUGAGUCUCUGGAGUAACAGUACUUUUGUACACAGUAUUCCUGCAAGGCAAUUGAGGGACUGUAGUUGCCAGUGGUAGAGCAUGUAGUUUGCAGGCAGAAACAAGGGAGCCUGACUGAGCUUGAGCCCUGGGAAGCUGCUCUCAGAAUAGACUAGGGGGGCAAAUAAUCUGAUCACAUAUCAGGCAGCUUCUUAUGUUCCUAAAUCUUUUGAAGAUAGUAAUGCUGAUUGGAUUGUGGUUGGAUGUGAUGUUAUAAGUAUCUUUUGGGUUGGCACUCACUGCUAUCCUGUUGUCUUCUCCAUUAGAGAUUGUCUUCUAAACGAACAUUGAGUUGUAUCCAUUGUUAGUACUACUCUGAAUAGACCCAUUGAAAUUAGUAGACAUGAGUGAUGUAGGUUCAUUAAUUUAAGUUAGGUGCAAUCUUAGCAGUGUACAUAAUAAAAUUACCAAUAAAAUACAUAUAAAACUAGCAAAAAAACCAAAGCCCAUAAUAGAUAAUAGGUCAUACAGGGAAUGCUAUCAGCCCUGAAUCCAAGCAGAUUUUGACUUGGCACCUAGAUCGAAAUCAGAUUUAGUAAUUCUCUGGAAAAGUCCUUAGAAUGCAACAUAUGCAGUUGUGCUCUGGUAUUUCAAGUGAAGCACCAAUUCUUGAUGCUUUUUUUGCUCUGCAUGCAGAUCCAGAUGAAGUGACAAAGUCUGGGAGUGACUCUCCUGAUAGGUAAAUAUCUGCUUUCACCUCUCAUACUUGUUGGCUAACUUGUUGCAUGGUUGAACCUUCAGGAAAGGGGGUAUGGAGAGCUUGCCUAUUCUGUAGGGGGUGCAGUUUCUUUGCCCAUUAAACCAGCUGUGAAGCACAUGUGGUUCCAUGAAGUCCUUCUUGCUGUCACACAUGUGCCGAACAUUCCUGCUGCUGGUAGGCGAGAAGCUGCUACUACCUUUCUGCCUUGUUCUUUGUGAAGGAAAGAUAUUUUCAUUCCUGUUAGUUGGGAUUCGGCUAAAAGUAUCGGAGGUGCCUUGCUGUUGCCUCCUGGCCAAGAAGGAAAGAAAGAAGGGACAGACCUUCCCAUUGGGAUUUUACAGGAGGGGGUUGCACCAAGGUGCUGCUGGCACUCUUACUAAACCUCAUUUGAAUGAGAAAAAAAGUUCCCUGAUUCUUUUCUCUUCUGCAUUACCUAAAGAAAUGGUGGAGUAGCUUAUAUCCAUUCCUACUGGGAUUUUUCAGGCCCAACAGCAAAGUUCUGUUUGCACCUUUGGCAAAGCUCAGCACAAAAGCAAACAUUCUUCCACCCCGCAAGUUCUGUGCAUGCUUUGUGUCCUGUUUUUAAUCCCCAGGGAAGCUAUCAGCUUGUUUGUGUGGCAUUCUUUCAGCUUGUCGUAUUAUUUUUCUCAAGAUGUAGUCCACCCUGGGGCCUUACAGUGAAAAGCAGGCAACAAAUAAAAACAAUGACACCCUGGGGAAUAUUGAUUACACUUAUGUUCCCAGCAGCACCCCAAAAAUUCUGCAGUUCCAUAAAGAACCUGCAAGGAGUCCAACUUCUGCCUGCCAUCCACUUGACAGAAGGCCACAAGGGAUGGAUCCCUCUGGGUGGCAUACACAGGAUGCUGAUAUCUUAUCUACUCAAGAGGACAUGUUUGGCCAGAGCAGCACAACAGGUGAAAACAGACUGCAUGCCUGUGCCGUGGCCCCUGCAACCCAUGAGGGGGAAGCAGGUGCAGUUUGCUGAAGCUCUGCCUAUCCUGAUAGCAAAGGAAGGUUUCCUACUUGAUUACUAUAUAGAUAGUGCUACAUAGGUUCAUGGGACCACAUAGACAGCUUAGGGUAUGUCUCCUAUGCACGACACACAGUUGCUGUGGGAGGAAUGGUAGGCAGUUGCUUUGUGGAUGAUGGGAAUUCCAGUGGCACUGAUAAAGUUGCCUUUCAACGGAUGUGUUUCUAUGUCACCCUUUGCUGUUGCUGCAUUUUGAAAAUGUCUUAGUGUUUUGAAUUCUUCAAAUUUUGCCUCUUUUGUUUGUGCAGAUGGCUUUGAAUAUGUAGUGGCACAGAUCACCAGUGCUGAACAAGUUGUACAGGGUUGUCAGAUUCUAGCAUGGGCUGCUCAAAACGUAGCUCAUCAGUUGCAUUGCUGACUUGCGUUCAGCACCCUGAGAGUUCUAGUUUUCAGGCAAAUAUGCAAAAUCAUUCUUUGGUGACAGCAUCAAAACCUGCCAGCUGCCACUGUGGCUGAAGGACAUACUAUUUUCCCUUCCAACAGUGGCCAAUCAGGUGCCCAGGAGUAAAUUUCUCUAGAUUUAGAGAUAGCAGCUCUUUGGGAAAAAUCUCAGCCGGUCAUCAAUAUUUGAUGGUGUUGCUGAGGAACGUAAAACAUUUUCCAUCCCUGUUGGGUUUACUUAAAUUUACAGUCAUAUUUUUGCACACCACAAAUUGUGGGUGGUCUUCUGCAAUUUUGAGCAGUUGCAACAAGGUAUUAAAAUUGACUCCGAUGUAGGGAAAAGAUCAGUGCAGCUGGGAGACAGAUUUUCAAGGCAGUGUCCAUUGGGUUGUUUGACAAAACUGCUAAAUGGUUUUGUUAAUUUUAAUUGCCUCUUGUUCCAGAUGGUGACAGUGCUGUGUCCAGAGUGGAAGCAGCAAAUUCUCCAGUGUGCACUCCUGCCGAUUCUCUGCAUGUCCUUCAUCUCUCUGGACAGGGACCUCUUUCCAUGUAAGUAACAAGCCUGCUCAGGUUGCUUUUGUUACCUGUUUCCCUGAAUAAUUGCUUCUAGGAAGCUGCCUUACACUGAGUCAGGUCCCUUACACUGAGUCAGGUCCAUCUAGCUCAGUAUUGCUCACACUGACUGGCAGCAGCUUUCCAGGAUUUCAGAUGGGGGGCAUUCCCAGCCGUGCUUGGAAAUGCAACCCGGAAUUGAACCUUGGGCCUUCCUCAUAUGAAGAAGGUGCUCUUCCACUAUGACCUUUUUCCUUCUCAGCUAAUUGAUGAUCCACUUAUUACUUCCUUGCCUCCUGAAUUCACUAAUUGAGUCAGUUGCGCAGUUGGUUAUCCCUGUAUUGAUUGGCUCUUAUGCUUUCAUUGAUAGUGUUGUAAUUGUGUCCACCUUUCAAAGUAACUGAGCUUUCUUUGCCUCUACUCCUUCUGCGCUCGUUGGUCUUUGUUGCCUUCCUUUUUCUCCUUUCUGUUCCCUGAUGAUACACACAACUGAGCGCUGUUUGUGUUUCAUGUUCCGUGGGAGGUACAAAUGUGGUCUGUGCCUGUGAGCUGAGCCUUGGCUUCGGCCUUCAGAUCUCUGGAAUAGAUUAGCUCAUUUGCUUUUUUCUUGUGACCUUGCAUAUGCAGACAGUGAGGCAACUGAGUGAUCUCUUUUUCUCUGUAGUUGUGCUUCAGGCCUUCCUACGCCAUCUCCUGGCAUCUCACAUUCUGUACCCCUCAUCAUUCCAAGAAGCCCAACAGAACAGGGAACAGAAGGUAUGCCAACUCUUUCUGCUGGAGGCCUUGGUAGCCCUUGGCCCAAGCUAUGGUGUUCAAAAAGACAACUUAGUAAUGGUGACCCAGGUUUCUUUUCUUUCAUUUCUGAGCGAAUGUGGAGGCCCCUCCUCGUUUUGAGCACUGAAAGAGGGGUGCAGAGGGCCAAUUGGUACCCUUCAGCUUUUUUGGCAGUGAGGUGUUCUGCUCCAGUGGCAGGAACGAGGCUGUCUUUCUCUGCUAAGGCAAUAAUGUUAAUUUAUCCACAUCUUCUGUUGCAGCAGCAGCAACAGGAGGAGGAGGAGGAGGAGGGAAGCAAGAAGGGCCAAAGGAGACUCGGACUCCAGGGCUUCCUCAGUCCUCUACACCUGUCGCUCAAGAUGCGCCAGCUUUUACUCCAGCAUUCACUCCCAUACCAUCACAACCAGAGUUCUCCCAUGUGAGUGGUCAGAAGGUGCCCAGCACUGAGACUGGUCUUCUCUGUGCUGCGUUCAUCCUUGGUAGAAGUAAGGAGGCCCCCACGCCUCUUGCCCUACAGUUUGACAAUCCUUUCCUUUGCUUGUGCUUUUUUGUCAUAGGAGGAUUUUUGAGACAUUCACUAAGCGUUAGCCUGGCUUUGUGUAUAGAAGGGCAAAUCUCCUGGCCACCAUGUUGGUUGUGGAAAACAGGAAGCAAUACUUUAUGAAGUAUCUUGCUUUGUGAUUGCCCUGCUGGUAUGUCUUGGUUGCAGUGUCAAGAAUUACUUCUGGUUCUCUUGAGAGCUGGCCUGGUUGCAGAAUCUCAGGUGUGGAGCUGUCAUAUUCCAAUGUGUUUGUGUUUCCCCCUGUUUUAGGACACUUUCCUCCCAACUCCAAGCUUAGAGAAAGGGCCUGAGGCACAGACAGAGAAAGGAGAUGAUUGUGGUAUCAGUUUGCCAGCAGACAGCUCUGAAGUCCCUGAGGCACCUGCAUCUGUUGUGGAGGGCCCCUUGUCAUGGCCCUCGGGUGAGGCCUGCCUAUUGGCGCUGUCUGCCAGUGAGUGCAGCCAGUCCACUGAGGCUGUGCAGCCUGAGGAAACAGCCAUGGAAGCUCAUGGUCCUCCAGUGGAGAAGCUUGGCUUGGAUGGUAGAUGUAGUGAGCAGCAGCGGUUUAAUGAGGACAGCCAUGCCUCAACUGGGCAGCCUGCAGGAAGAGGUUCCACUGCCCAAGUUGGAGUUGGAGAUGACCUUGGAAGUCAGGGCCACCUCUUGUGCCAGGGGUCUCAGGAGCCAGAAUGUGAAGCUGUCCCAGAAACGCCUGGGGAAGCGCAGGGAGAAGCUGAGCUGCUGAGGGACGGAAGGUCUUGCCUUCACUCUACUCACUCUCAGGAAGAAAAGGUGGACCAGCAUGUAGAACCUGCUGCAGCCAGAGAAGACUCUGAGAAUGUGCUCCAGACAGCUGGAGAGCCUGCACACCCAGAUCCAGGAAACGUAAAAGGAGACCCCAUGGAAGACUCCAAGGAGGAGGCGUCCCUGAGGAUCGGCCCUGGGGUGACACUGAAGCUCUCUGACUCCCAACCAGAGCUGGAGGGAAGCAGGUCCCAGGUGAGGUCCAUCGUUGCCCCUGGAGUGGGGCUGCCUGCUGCCAUCUCUCCAGGCAGAAGCAACUUGGGAAGUGUGCAGGAGGAGGAGGAGAGCUUGCCACUGCUGCCCCCCCAGGGGGAAGGGAGUGGUGUGCCAACAACAGCCAAGGAGGAUGAAACUGCAGAGAGCCAAGCAGCAGCAGCACCUCCAGAGCAAGGCAGUAGGAAGUCUGCUGCCAUUCCAGGUAGCCCAUCAGUUACUGCAAGGGAAGAUUCAGAGCUGGGGCCCUUGCCUGGGAAGGAGAAAGCACCAGCAGUGACUUUGGAAGAGGGAUCCCAUCCUGGGAGUGCAGAGGACCAGAUGGAGAGCCAGCAGAAGCCACGUGGGCUGGAGAGAGAGGUGCAGCUGUGCCAGAGGGGUCCUGAGCCACCUGCUAGCCUGCCCAGCGGUAAGUGGUUCUGGAGAGUAAGAGCAGCAGUAGAAUUGCAUCAUUGGAAAGCAUCCCUGUGGAGUGACCCAGGCUGCCUAGGCUUGAGCCAAUGUGGCUGAGAGAGAAAGGAGAGUAGCCUUUUGCAGCUUAAGAAGAUAAUUUCUCUUGCCCCCUCCUCUCCCUAGUCCCUUCCCUAUUGUGUGAGUUAUUUCCUUGAAAUACUCUCCAGUGGUUGCCAAAGGGCAUGAUAAACAUAGACUGAGAUGGAGGCUGUUUCCUUCCUGCCUCUGUGCCUGUCUGGUGUGUGAAGGGUGCAUUGCAUCUGUUCUCACAGAGGCUGCAUUGGCCUCUUGGCUUUUAAAUUCUCCUUUAUUUAUUGCUUAUUAAGUACAUAUGUGGACUGCCUAAUAGCCAGAGCUCUCUGGGCAGUUCACAGACAAGAAAUGGAAGUCACCAUGUACAGGCAUAAUUCAAAUCAGCUCAGACUCCUUUGCAGCUGCAGUGAGAGCCUUCCAGGCUGUUGGAACAGAGUUCUAGUGCUCUCUGUGGCUUGAUGACUGGCAAGGUCUCACCCCCCACCCUGCUAUCUUUCAGCAGUUACUGUUAUCUGUUUUCAGUGAUUACAUUGUUGGAGAAGCACAGCAUGUUCUGUAAGUGCCUGUCUAGAGUACAAUAUGUUUAGCAUAGGUGGGAGGAGCUGGGAUGUUAUGCACUGGGGACUUGGGCUCUGCCCUGCCCAUGGUUUCAACCUUCUGGACUAGAAACUAACCCCCCCCCCCCACCCCACCCCCGAUAAAACAGACUUCUCCGGUAUCUGUGCCUUGUACCAGCCUCUAUGCAGCACAUGGCAGGAAGUAAGAAGCCUGGGCACAGGAUUUGCAAAGGAAUCUUCUUGCCUGCUUCACCUUGCCUGGUCUCACUCUCUGGACUCAUUGUUAAAACUGUGUUUAUGGAAGACAAUCUUACUCGGCUACGAGUGAUCACCAAAGGAGAUGACCUUGCCUGGUAGUGUUAUGCCAUGCUGUUUUCUUCCAGUUGGGGCCUUUGGCUGACCAUUUAGCUGCCGAGAAUUUAUGGCAAGGAGGGUGCCUAGUAGCAGAAUAUGAGCUCACAACCUGUCUGUUGUAUUACCUUGUUCCAGGAACCCCCUUUCAUCUCGCCCUGCUGAAGGAGAAGCAUGUGAUUGAGCCUCUGACAGGCAUCACACCACCUCACAUUGGCCAGCUAAAGAAAGGCCCCAGGCGACACAGCACUCCUAUUGGUGAGUAGGAGACGUGGGGUGGGGUUUCUGUGAGUGAUGGAGAUGGGCACCAACUGCCUUCCAGCCUUCCCAAAGUGGCCAUCUUUUGUCCUUCUCUUUGCCUUCAGAAGGUGUGUGUGCUGGUGGAGAGCAAGGAGGGGACUGAUCCAAGCAGCCAUCAGUAAAGCAAAACCCCAGUGGGAGGGAGGCCCUGUGGUAGCUGUUUACAUAUUGCCAGAACGGUGUGAGCUUGGAAGAUAUGACCUUACAUUGCGCCAUAUUGCCUGUUCAUUUUGUUCUAUUGUCAUAUCUGACUGGCAGCAGCUGGGGCUUCAAGUGUGAAGAGGAUCUCACAGCACCAGCUGACUGAUCCCUCUAACUGGAGCGACUGCUAGGGAUUGAAUCUGGGACCUUGUGCAUACAAAGCAAGUGCUCUGCCACUUCCUCUGCCAUUUGGAAGCAGCUACAGACCACAAGGGGUAUGACAGACUCUGCUCUUGGAGCAGCUGAGAAGUGUGGACAGUUGCUGUCUACACUGUUAUAAUCUGAAGCAAAUCUGGAUGCAGCUCCAACUGCUGCUGUGGCUUCCUCCACAAAAUUCUGGAAGGUGCAAGGGCCCAAAUUCUUUUUGGCUGCCUUGCAGAAGUACAACCCACAUAGCUUUGGAUUAGGAGCCCAGCUCAUUUGGUCUCUCUCUGAUGUUAGAGCAGUUGGCCCAAGGGCUAAGGCAGAUUCUGGUGCUGCAAAGCUGCCAUCUGCUUGGGGGUGGCCAAGAGGCUUUCUGUGCUGGUUCUUUCCAGCAAGCCUGGGUGGCUGUUGGUGAACCUGCCAUCUUGCUUUGCUUGUUUCAGAGGCUGGAAACUGCCCGGAUAAUACCAUAGCAACCAGCGAUGUCACAGCUGAGGGCACCAACAAUGUGACAGUGGAGAGUGCUCUGACCUCUGUUGAGAUGGAGGAGAGUGGCAAAGGGAGCGCUGAGGCCGCCUGUGAGGAGCAGGGGAAGCUGUCCUUGCGCAUGAACCUUGUGACCCCUGUGACGGAAGAGAGUGACGAGUCCCUGCCCUUCAGCCUGGACAGUAAGAGAUUCCUGUUCAAGAGCAGUUGCGGAGCGAUAGUCCCCUGCCCUGGACUAGUGACUCCAAACAGUACUGACUACUUGACUAGCAGUCUUUAUAGUUCUCAUGAUUCCAUCUCUGCCUGGGAAGGGCUGAUUUGGCAGUGCUGUUGGAAACACUUGCAGAAACCUGGCCCUUUAGGCAAGGAAGAGGUGGUCCUUGUCCUGGGCAAGUUGUGAAGAAGAUGGCAAGGCUUUCUAACUGGGUGGUGACUUUUGAUCCAAAGUGUUUGGGAGGGGGUGGAAUGCUUCUAAUGCCUUCCUCUUUGCCCCCAGAGCCCACAUCCAGUGAAAAGAAGAACGGGUCUGUCACAGGAGUUGUUUCCAGGUAAUAGGCAGGUACUGGUACUUAAGCCCUUUGUGACAGAGGUGAAUGGCAUCUGCUGGGAAAGGGGUGUGUGUGCUUUUGUGCCAUCCUCCUGCCAUCCAGUCAGGCCCAACUGGGCUGCUUUCAUCAGUUUUCCCCAUGCGUGGGUGAACUGCCCAUGUCAGAGAGGGCUGAGCCCCAGAGAGGUAUUUGGAGGGGCAGGAAACCCUGUCUUGCUCCCUCCAUCCUUCCAGAUACUCUGAGCUGCUGCUAGGGAGGUGAAGGAUGUUGGUAUUUAAUGGCAUCUGAGGGGUUUUCUGAACUGGAGGUCCUUGUGGGUGCUUGAGGCCCCAGCAUUCUGGGGCAGUUUCUGGGGCCACCAAAUACUGGCCAGGUUGCCUCACUGCUAGCAAGCUCAUAGGCCUUAGCUAUCUCUUUGGCAGGAUUGGUCCUUUCUGAGCCUGUCUCUCUCUUCUGCCUAUAGCUCCCGGAAGGUGCCAUCCGUCUUCACUCGAGUCUGUGAAGUACAGCGUGAAGAAGACAAGGCUCAAUGCCCUGAGCUGCCUUGUCCACUGUUCAGGCAAGUCCAUGGAAGGCCUCCCUGGUGCUGUCUCUAGGGCUGUCUCUGUGCAACUUCCCUUCCACAUGAACUAAUAACUCAUCCCAGGCCAUGUGCUGCUUCCCUCUGUGUGCAGUAGAUACUCCUGGGAAAUCCCUCCCCUGGCUAAGGUGCGUCUUUGCUUUGCUGAGCCACCCCAAGUUCUGCCUGUUGGAAUCAUAUGCUUGUGCCAGGCCUAUUGCCAGUUGUGAGGCAAGCAGGAUACAACUAGGACAUGCUCAGUGGGCAGUGUUUGUCCCGGGGCAGCUGGUCUUGCAGGGCGAGGGCUACAAAACAGCAGCAGUUGAAAGAUCCUUUUUCUGAGCAGGUCUCCUGGACAGCCAGGCAGCUUGUUGGGACAGUUGGCAUCACGCAAAUGCGAUGGAUUGCGGGAUAUUUUUCUGAAUGCUGUGUCCCUGUGUGUGUGUUCAUACGCAUGCAUGGCUUGUUGAGUCAUUGGAUAUACUUGACUACAGCAAAAAUACACCUAAACUAAAAAUAUGCCUAUGCAGUCUCUGUGCAAUAUGAAUCUUUGUAUACUUGAUGGUUUAUGUACAGGGAUUAAAGGGAAGACUCCAAAUCGCAGACCCUCUUAGUCUUAAAUGGGUAGGCUAGACAAAGCCAUGGACAAAAGGUCUCUCAACACAGUCAUUCCAAAUGGGGCUGCAGGCUGAGAGUCAGCUAAUCUCUUAGUAAGGGAGAACUUUGCCUUUGUAUCUGCUUCUGGGCUCCCUAGGAACAUCUGACUUGCCCCUGCUGGUGACAGAAGACUGGAUUUGGGUGGACAUUCAUUGUGAUCUGGCAGAGCUCCUCUCAUGCUUUUCUGAUUGCUUUCAGGGGUGACCUGUUCAAUUUCCCAAGUUCCCAGGAGGAGCAGGAGCCACCUGCAACCUGGCAGAGCCAGCGAAGGCUUGUGCCCCUGGGUUGUGGACCAGUCCAGGACUCUGGCUUGAGCGCUAAGCGGACAGUGGGUUGUGCAGAGGAGGGAGAGGCCAUGGAAGUUGAAACAGCAGGAACUCAGGAGCAAAAAGAACAGAGGGCCCCCCAAAAGGCAGCUUCCGUUCUGGUGGCUGCAGGGAAUGAUGGAACUCAAACGCCAAAAUCUGGCACCAGCAGCAAGGGGACCCAGGCUGUGGCAGAGUUCCUUCAAGGGCCAACGGAAUUCACGUCGGCAGCCACACAGACAGUGCCUACUGGCCAGGUGGAGGUGGGGACCAGCACGGCUGGGUUGUGGCCUGGACAGCAGGACACUAAGGUGCAGGUGGAAGAGGACCAUGGAUCUAGGCCUGCCAGGGCUGGGCAUGCGCCAGGGACCCAGCACAACCAGGUGAGAGGGAGUUGGAUCGUGUACUUGAAAAGGGGGAGGGGGGAGAGAGGUGCUGCUGCCUGUGGCAGGGGCGAAGGAUUAUCUACUACCUCCUGGUCUCAGCUUUUAGAGUGGGAGGUGGCAGUUGCCACAUGUGCCUCCCCCAGACUUUCCAACUCUGAGCAAGGUGGGAAGAAGCAGCCUCAUCAAGAGAAGCACUUUGAUUGGUCAGCCCAAAGGUCCACCAAGUCCCCCUCGCAGUAGUGAUCAGCCAGGUGCUAGUGAGAAGCCCACAAGGGUGGCAGUGGCUAUCCCUGCCUCUGAACGUAUUUCGUUUGUUUGUUUAUAUAUAAAUACAGUCAAACCUCUGUUAUCGAACGUAAUCUGUUCCGGAAGACCGUUCGGCUUCCGAAAACCAUUCAAAAACCGGAGCAGUUACUUCUGGGUUUUCGGGAGCUGAGGUUUGGCUGUAUGAGAUUUAUAUUUAAAUAUAUUUAUAAACAUUUAUUUCAUAUGUCACGACAUGCCAUGUAAAAAUGUCAAACAGAUCAGGCAGAGCUGUCUGACAAAGAAAUCUCAAACUAUUGCCAUCAUAGGUGAAUGGUUUCUGCAAGUGCAUGUGAUGACCCUGUCCUGUGACAGUGAAUUUCAGGAGGGCAUGAUUGUCCAGAUGCAUUUUGGGGCAUGUCCUGCAUUUGCUGCCAGUUGCUUGUAUUGGAUAAUUCUGGUGCUGCAGGAGGCCUCUCUCGUCACCAAGCCAUUUUUAGUUGCCCUUUUAUGUGCCAUUUGCAGCUCUGUGAAAGCCGUUCCUGCCUCUAAUAGCAAGCUCAGGUGGUGAGUGCUGAUGGGAUUGGAGCUAAGAAACAGUGGAGAGCUGCUGUUGCCUGUUAGUGUCCAGAUGGUACUGAGCUGGAUUGACCAGUGCUGUAUAAUUCUGUAUAAUGCAGUCUCCUGUUCCUCUGACAGUGAUGUUCCCCUUUCAUUCCAAACAGCAAUGUGCUGUGGAGGAAUCUCUGAAAACUUUCUGCCUUUUUCUUUUCUUCAGCACGAGGAAGGGUUUGAUUUGCCUCGCCCGCCCCCAGGCAGAGCCCUCCGGCGUCAUAUACGGACCAUCCGUGAAGUACGAACUGUUGUCACAAGACUCAUCACAGACAUCUACUACAAGGAUGGGGCAGAAGUGGAACGCAAGGUAGUGGAGGUAAGGCGAGAGAUGUCAAGGCCGGGACAGUUCAGAGAAUUUUUCCUACUUUUCCCAACCAAUAAUUUUGCUGUUUUGGAGAACACUGAAUAAGACUCAAAAUGCUUUCUCCUUUGGAUUAAAUAAGCAAGACAAACCUGUUACUCAAAAUGAGUUGUCAAACACCAGCAGUUAUCAGUUGACCACCAUAGAGGUAUUGCGAGCACUACCUACUCCUGUACAGGAGAAUUCAUCAUUAAAUCCCCACAAGUUCAUUCCCGUAGCGGACAGGGCAUGCUUGCCCUUGUUCCUUUGGACUGCCAGAUGGGUGUGUGGACCUCAGAAAGGGAAAUCUCUGACCUUAUCCUAUGUGAUCUUGGGACAGUCACUUGCCUGCUUGUUGUCUCUAGGCCUCCCUCUCCUUUUCAUUGGUUUCCUAGGGCUUCUUGUGCUUUGCCAGUUGCUUCUCUGAGUUUGCCGUAUUGGUCCCCUACUUGAGAAUACACACCAUAUCAUAUGCAUCCAGGCCAUUUUGGAGCCACAAAUCCUGCUCCCUAUCUUGCACCUUUGAGUGUUGGACCUGUGAACCUUAAGGCACUGUGAUCACAAAUUACCUAUUUGGUGCUGGUUGCUGACGUGUGAGCAUCUACUCUUGCGUUGUAUUCUUUUUAAGACUUGCAGCAGAGUUUCUUUUACAGAGAAUCUUUAUUAUUUACAAAAAAAUUACACCGGUCAAAUAAAACUAAUAAAACCAUAUAAUUCCUUCUCCUUUAGCCAUCUGACCAGAGACUCAAUUGCUGACUCAUUUACAACUUUGUUCAUUUACACACUAACUGACCUUUAUUGACCACAUGCCCUUAAUAAGGGCACCUGUUGCUGGGGAGAUUUUUCUGUUGCCUAGCAACCUGUUCAAGACCAAUUCUCAAGUUCUUUCUAGAAUAUUCCAGCAGCCCUCCUAACUUGAAAUUCUGUCUUGAACACCUGGCAUUUUUUUUCUGCUUUUACUCGGUAAGACCCAAUUCCAUAGUCAGCAUUUUAAAUUUAAAGGCUUUGUAAAAAUAUAUGCAAUUAUAAACCCUGUAGAACAAUACCUAAGCUUGAUCCAUCCUUUUAAAAUGCAAUCUUUUACAUGUGCAUAGUGUAUAUCUAAGUGUUUUGGUUUAGGUUUACAUUUUUCUGUCUUUCCUGCAACUGGACUAUACACUCCAGAGUUUCCUGCAAGACUCUUUCAAGAUCAGACAGGCAUUGUGUGGGGUGUUUUCACCAUCAGCUUAUUUCUCUGGGUUUUCUCUGGCUGCUAAUACUGUUAAGGCAGGUUUUAUUUUUAAAUUGCUUCUUGAAAAUUUAAAGGAGCUUUGGGGAGGUAGGGAACCUUGGAGUAGGCGAGCUUUUGUCAGGGUUUGCUUCCGCAGUUCAGCUCUGCUCUUUUGAGAUGGGCGCUUGAAGUGCCUUCUCCAGCGAGAAGAACAUCAUUUUGCCUGUUCCGACCUUACAGGUAAGUAUUUUAUUUUGUUGAGCGGAGGAGAGUGGAAUAAAAUGCCUUGUGGCUAAAGGGUGCAGCACUUUCUCUCUCUUUCUCUGAUAGAGCUGAGCAUCAACAGGAUGGAUACCCAAAGAGUUUCCUGUUUAGAAUGUCAGAAAGUAUCUCUGUUGUGGGAAGAGCACUGCUCUGGGAGCUUUGCCCUGCCCUACAUGUAUCUGGCUGAGAGGGACUUGCCUGUGGAUGGAUCCCUCUUGGGAUCUGAAAGCGCUGGUCCUAGGGCAUCUCUCCCCUUGUACCUGGCACCUGGCGCCUUCCCUCCCUCCCUUGAAUCCCAGUCUGCUUUUCUUUCAGGAGAGAGAGGACCCCAUCAUGGAGUGCCAGGAGAGCGAGGUGGAUGUCUCCCCCUCUCGUACGGGAGGCUCUUCUUCGCUUGCCUCUGGAGACCUUGGUGACAUCAGCUCCUUCUCAUCCAAGGCCUCUGGCCUCCAGCGCAUGUCCAGUGGAGGGAGCAGUGCCUUGUCCGUCACACACAGUGGGACAAGUUCUGGGCAAGGAGGCACUCUUCUGAGAGGAGGGAGACCUUGCCAAGGAGCCGGGCCUGGAGACUUGGCCUUCCCAGGGGUCAGAAAGCUCAGGUGGGUGCAGGGCCUCUGGGAAAAGGACAUCAGAGGAAGGCUUCACUUUGGGGGAACAGCAGGGUGGAAGAGAGAGAGGCCAUUUUGCAUUCUUUGGAGUUUUGUUUCAGGUGGGGCAUGAAUAUGACUCUGUCAGUGUGUUGUUUAACCAGAUUCCAAACUGAAAGCCUGUGCUAUACUUUUAAAAGGCCAUGGGUUCUAAAACGAAUUGAAUUUAUUCACAGUUGGCGAGUUAAUAUUUUUGAUGUCAAGGUUUUAAAUACUUGAAGGUUGGUGUUGUAUUGAGUGAUGUUUCAAACUGGGGGAACAAUGCGGCAAAUCAUGUUGGGUUGCCUUGUGAGCAGCUUUAUUUGGGCUUUGCUGUUUACCUUGAAAUGCGAGGGAUAAAUUCUUUGUGCCCCAGUUCUGUGCCAUGACCCUGGGAGCAUGUGUGUGGCUGGCAGGCAGGCUGGCUGUGCAGAGGUUAACGCUGCCUUUGGUUUUCCUAGCCCUAGGAAGGGAGGCAGCCAGCCUCAGUCUCCAGUCCAGCCUGACCAUGCAGCAGUUCCUGGGGGGUGUGAGGAGGAAGCGCAAGGUGUGAUCAGCCAGAGGAGUGGCAGAGCCCCUCCAACUCCUCGCAGACGAGGGCGAAGGGGCCGCCUCACAUCACGAUCGGCCGGAGCCAGGUAGCGUGGUGAAGGUCAGCUGAUGCUGAUGAGGGAGGUGACCCUGGUGGGGUGGAGUAGCAAGAGCUAAAGGCCCUUGCAGCUUCUCCAGCUGUUUCUCUCCCUGGAUCUGCAGGGCCAGCCUGCCAGCUGUGGAGGAUCUGUCAACCACAGCCUUGCCAGAAGAGGACUUCCACACGCAUCGCCCUUUGAAGGGGCAGGACCGCAGCAUCUCCCCUGAAAUCCCCUUGCAAGAGCGUCUGGGGGUUUCUACCAGCACAGAGCUUUCCUCUGCCGCCACCUCCUCUUCUGCGAACAGCUUUGUGGGCCUCCGGGUGGUGGCAAAGUGGUCCUCGAAUGGCUACUUCUACUCUGGGACUAUCACACAGGAUGUAGGGGGUGUCAAAUAUAAGCUGCGCUUUGACGAUGGCUAUGAAUGUGAUGUUCCGGGCAAAGACAUCUUGCUGUGCGACCCUCUCCCCCUGGAAACAGAGGUGACGGCCCUUUCGGAGGACGAAUACUUCAGCGCAGGUAACUCGUCUGGCUGGCAAGUGACCUGCAGUGUUUGGGGUGGGCGGUAGCGGAGAGUUGGGUCCCAGUCUGUGAGCUGCCCUUAUGAUGCCUUCUGCCUUGGCUGCAGGGGUAGUGAAGGGGCAUCGGAAGGAGGCCGGGGAGCUGUUCUAUUGCAUUGAGAAGGAGGGCCAGCGGAAGUGGUACCGGCGGAGAGCAGUCAUCUUGUCUUUAGAGCAAGGGAAUCGGCUCCGAGAGCAAUUUGGGUUGGGCCCCUACGAACCCGUCAUGCCCCUGACAAAGGCGGCUGACAUCAGCCUUGGUAAGCAGCCUGUGGGCAACUGCCCUGUGGGUCUGGCCGAGAGAAAUGGAAACCCCUAGGAACCUCUUAAUUGAGGGCAGGAGCUGCAGGGUGCUGGCCUUGGGUAAACUCUUCAGUUUUAAGAGGCGCAAGUGACUUCCUUCUGCUACCCUGCAGAAAACAUGCAGGGGGGGGGCUUGGUGCUGCUGCAUGUUGAGGUGGGAGCUAACAACAUUCUCCUUGUGGGGCUAGAUAACCUGGUGGAAGGAAAGCGGAAGAGGCGCAACCUUGGCUCCCCCAGCACCUCCAACAACACAACACCCACCCGCAAGGGCCCUGAGAGCCCCCAGACCCCGCACAGGCUGUCUAGCAAGAGGAAGCUAGUUGCCUCAGAAGAGGAGAGAUCCCCUGCCAAACGAGGGCGGCGGGCAACCCCUACAAAGCCAGGUCAGACUGUUUUAUGUCUCCUUGCAUUGCAUCUCUUCUCCCUGGACCAGACUUUCCCUUCUUGGUCUCCUCCAGCCUUUCCUCCCAAAUCAGAGGAGCUGGAGCUGAGCUCUUGCACCAGGAGGAUCAAGGCUCCCCUCUCCAUGAGAGAAAUUCUAGGUUGAGGCUGCUGACCUGCUGUCAGGAGGCAGCCACAGGACUUUGAUUUUCCUCCCUCCCUCCACAGGGGCUGCCUGUUCCAGGGAAGCAGUGAGCCCAUCUGUCAGUGGAGUGGACUUGGGAGAUAUCCCGGCACCAGAUGAGCGAUGGGGGCCUAUGCCCCACAACAAGACUCUCUUUCUGGGCUAUGCCUUUCUCCUCACAAUGGCAGACCCCACAGAUAAACUCUCCAGUUGCCAGGAGCCUGCAGUGAGCAGUGAAGAGGAAGGUGAGCACUCCAUUGCUCCAGGGAUGUUGUUGGGGGCAGGGGUGGCCCUCGUUGACUGAAUCUGGUUUAGGGUGGUGAAACUCCAGCGGGUGACAGAAAAGGCAGAACUAGGAAGGGACCCAAGGGAGCCCACCUAGUUAAGCAUCUUGUUCACAUGGGGGCCAAAGGAAGGCAGCUUGGCCAAGGAUCCCUGGUAGGGAUUCUGCUAGCUGCGGUUUCUGUCCUCUUUGCAGGAUAGUGGUGUGCCUACAAGGGCUAAGGAAGUGGCAAGUUGUGGGGCUGCAAGAACUUGAAGUCAACAAGCCAGUAUCUUACUGCACUUUCCAAAGUUAGUUUAUUGAGGGGAUAGUUGAACCUGGGACUUGGUAAGACUGGCUGUAUCUUUGCACCUUGCCAGCCAGUGUGCAAGCACAUCACAGGAGGGCUGUUGGGCAACAUGACAGUAUGAAAUCCCUUGAAGGCUACUUGAGGAGCCAUACCAGGUGGCAGUCAUGCCUUCUGCUAUUCCAGGUCCUAGAAGCCCCAAAGAUAAGGAAUUGCCAAGUGUGGGGCAGAACAUGUUUGCCAUCUUGUGGCCCUCUAAGAGAAAUCCGUGAUUUCGGAAUGAGCUGCAGAUCUCUCUUACAACUUUCAUGCUCCUUACAGCUACCAUUUGGGGCUCGCUUUAGGGCUCAGAAAAUAAUUUCACUAACUUAACAGUCAAUUUCUGAACAUGGCUCCAAGUGUUGGUGCUUACCUUUUAAAACCCUUUGCAGCAAGGGGCUUGGAUUUUUGAAGGACCACCACCUUCUGAAUGAAUCAGCCCAGGUACUGAGGUCAUCACUGAAGGGUCUUCUCUGGGUUCCCCCUCCUUCUCUUAAUUACAUGGGUGUGUCUUGAAGGUUUUCUUGGCAAUAGCACACCCCUUUGGGUCACUUUCCUCACCUGUUACUACUAUCUCUUAUGUCAUCUUGGCACUAGGUGAAGACCUUUCUGCGUUUCUCUAGGCAUCUUUAAAUGUCUAAAUAAUCUGCUACUGUGCUGCACACACGUUCUUGUCAAUUGUAUUAUUUUCUGUUGAGUAUAAAAACAGUUCUUAGAGCACAUUACUGAACAGUGGAGAAUAAUUUUUAAAGUGAAUAGCUGUUCCUAAUCAUGUUUAGUCUCUGAACUGAAUUUCAAUGCAGUUGUUUUAAUGUUCUUUAUUUAACAAAAUUCAUAGUUUACAAAGAAAAAUCAAAAUACUAACUUAAAAAUUGACAGAAGCAAGCAUUUAAAAGAAGUCAACAUGCAGCUUUUAAAAUAGAAAUAAAAUCUGAGAUUUUGAUUGUGUGGGAAUAUUUCACAGUCCUCUUGCAAGGGAAGAGGUGUAGUGCUCUAUUUAUGCUAAAGAAUUAACUCUAACUUCAUCCUGUUUUCUAGACUUCUUGGAGGUAACACCUUACAACAAACACUACAUUGGACUGCAGCUGCAAGCUGGAGGUGGUUUCAUCCUGGAGGACUUCAAUGAAAGCCAGGUCAGGAGCCAGAGCUGGGGAUGCAUGAAGUAGCAUCACCCAAGUUGGCAGUGGAGAUUUAUUUGGAGAGGGUGUUGGUGCUUUGCUGCUGUUUUCCUUUUAAUUAUGAAAUUGAUGCUUUUCUGGGUGUGGUCCAAGGGUGGCAGGUGUGUGACGGGCCGCAGCUUCACCUGCACACAGGUUGUCAAGUGAGAAUUGCCAUUUGUUCUCCUUUCAAGACCUGGGAUGAGGAAAGGAGGUGCCUGGCCAUGAUGCUUCUUGGAAUGGGACAGAUCUUGAUAGGGGCUGCUUGAAGUAGAGGCAGAGAGAGCCUCUUUCCCUUCCAUUGGCACAUUUCUCAGUUCUCUACUUCUGCCAGUACUGAGCCUUCCAUUUUGCAGUUAGCCUGGCUGGCUAGUUGUCAAAUAAGCAUUUGACCACACUGGGUGUUUUAUACUGAACCUGCAGCCUCUUCCAGGGCUUUGUGUUUCUAUGGAAGCCCAGGUCCCAGCCUCCACUUCCUUUGUCCAGUGCAGUGCAGCCUACCAGUGCUUCCUGAUAGCAGACAGACACUGCCGCAACCGGAUUUACUUUCUGUGCCUUGCCCGAGGAAUCCCCUGUGUGUCUCACGUCUGGGUCCAUGACAGUUGUCAUGCCAACCAGCUGCAGAACUACCGGAAUUAUUUGUUGCCAGCUGGUUAUAGCCUGCAGGAGCAGAGGUUGCUGGACUGGUAAGUCCAUGAAUGUUGGAGGGACCAUGAGCAGCUUACCCACCUGGUGCAGGUGGAACAGGGUGGCAUGUCCAGUUCCCUUGCAGUGGAACUGCUUCUAACCUUUGCUUCCUUCUAGGCACUCUCGUGAGAACCCUUUCAGUAAGCUGAAGGUGCUUCUGGUGUCCAGUGAGCAGCAGGACUUCCUGGAGCUCUGGUCUGAGAUUCUCAUGAUGGGGGGCGCUGCUUCUGUUAAACUGCAGGAAUCUGCCUCAUGGAGCAAAGGUACAAGCCCCUGGAAGGCAGCCAGCUGGUUUCUGUGGCGGGUAUAUUGGCAAGAGGCUCUCCGUUGCCCACUGAGACAUACCAAUCCCCCUGUGCAGAAAAGAGGCCUGGUGUGGGAGGAGCUUUAACUUAGAUUCCAGAGGGUUGCUGAGAAGUUGGAUGAGGCAGGGCAAGAAUUGAUUGGCUGCUUCACCCCUUUCCUUGUGUGGAGCUGCCAUCCAUCCUUUUCCAAAGGCAGCAAGAUCAAGUAUCUGGUGCUGUGAACAAGCAAGAGGAAAGGUUUGACUACACAGGGCAAUUCUUGCUUUCUAUUUCCACAGAUGUGAGUCUGGCUGUGUUUGAUGUCGUGGUGACUGAUGCUUCAUGCCCAACAGCUUUCUUGAAAUGUGCUGAAGCGCUACAGCUGCCAGUGGUGACCCAAGAGUGGGUGAUCCAGUGCCUCAUUGCUGGGAAGAAAGUUGGAUUCAAACACCCAAAGUAUCAGCUUGAUUCUGUCCCCAGUUGAACCUUUUUGCUUUGUGGAGGCUGUCAUUGUCACCCAGGUUUUAAAUGUCUGUGUCACUUGAACUGUGCAUGAAGUGCUGUAUAUAGUUUUAACUUCUGGACUUUUAUGAUAAUAAACGUCAAUUUUCUUGUUGCAGUAUCUAGGAUUUGUCCUCUUACCCUCUCUAAAGUGGCCCAGCAUGAUUGCUUGCAGCUGCCAGUGGAGGGAAGAAGGGAAAGUUGCUCAUUUAAUACGCUGACAUCAAUUGCUGUAGAUGGCCUGUCCUUUUUAUCCCUUGGUCCAAGAACGGUCUCAUUCAAGGGUUCCCCAGAGUUCCUUACUCAGUUAUACCAGCCUACACUCUGUGUAGAUGCAGACUAGGAUCUGCCAACAAACGUGGAGGUG